UCUUUUAAUACACCUUUUUAAAAGAUUAGGUGGUAAUUGUUGCGGUCUUAAUCAAUAGGGUAGCCGAGUGGAAAAUUAAAGGUGUGUGUGAGAGAGAGAGCAUGUUGCUGUGUUAGGCCCAUUGUUCCUGUUCAGCCUAGUGACAACACCGGAGGGCAAGUGGAGGGAUGGGACCUGAGGAGAGGCUGACAGUGAUAAAUAGGCCUUUUAAUAACAGCUGUGCCUCUUGGGGAGCCGUUCACAUCCAUUCUGAUUCCAAGCUGGCCCUGCCCAUCUACAUUUAAAUAUCUAGAGUGAUAUGCACAUCUAUACUAGAUUGGAAAUGUUAGGUUUUUAUACACUGACUGACGCAUGGUAAAAACUGAGCAACAAUCUGUCACACACAUUUCUAGCCCCUGCAAGUAUCCGUCUGUGCUUAUGGGUCUGAUUGUCAGGGACAAGGUCUCUAUGUUCAUUUCCAAAGGUCUCAACCCUCCAAAGAAGGAGGUGGGGUUAAACACACACUCACAUGCACAUUUUAUAACAGAUGGUUUAGUUAACUGAAACAUGAAUUGCAAUGUUGCUUUGGCAGUAGUCUCCAAGGCUUGUGUGUGUGUGUGUGUGUGUGUGUGUGUGUGUGUGUGUGUGUGUGAGAGAGAGAGAUCCCAACAGGGUCUAACCGACUGUUCGGUGAGCUGAUGACCUGGAGAGGAGGAGGUUGAUGCUACAGCCGUUCCUGAACUAGCCCACAGGGCACUAGACUCUACCUGCAGCAGCUUUCAACACAGCAUGUGUUUGUUGUAGACUAGGCUAUACUCACCACCCUGGUGUUGAGAAAACAUUUGGUUAAAAGGGAUUUACGUUCGCUAUCCUCCUCUUCCUCACUGAUGAUUAUUGGGUAUCUCUUCCUCUCUCUCCUCAGUACUGCAAUAAUGUGAAGGAGCAGCGGAUGAAUGGCCUACUGCCUGAGCCUCUCCAGAUAUUUCCUCGAGCCGGCAAGACUCCAGGGAUCCGGAACAUACACGGCCUGAAGGUGAACACAAGGCCCAAUGACUGCUCCCCUGCCGCCAUCGGCUCUAUGCCCAACAAUAGUCCCAGUCUAAAGAAGUCCUCCGCAGAGCUAAAGAAGAUUUUGACUAAUGGACAGAUCAAUGGCCAAGACAUACAAUACCAGGAGCAGCUUGGCCAUGGAAACGGAGGGACCGUGUACAAAGCGUACCAUCUUCUCGGCAACAGAGUGUUGGCGGUGAAGGUCAUUCCUCUGGAUAUCACAGUGGAGCUACAGAAACAGAUCAUGUCCGAGUUGGAGAUCCUCUACAAGUGUGAUUCCUCCUACAUCAUAACCUUCUACAGUGCCUUCUUUGUGGAGAACAGGAUCUCCAUAUGCACAGAGUAUAUGGACGGUGGCUCUCUGGACGUAUACAGGAGGAUCCCAGAACAUGUGUUGGGUAGGAUCUCUGUGGCGGUUGUGAAAGGCCUAACCUAUCUAUGGAGCCUGAAGAUUCUUCACAGAGACGUCAAGCCUUCCAACAUGCUGGUCAACACUAGAGGUCAAGUGAAGCUCUGUGACUUUGGAGUCAGCACGCAGUUGGUGAAUUCCAUCGCCAAGACGUAUGUGGGAACUAACGCCUACAUGGCACCGGAGAGGAUAUCUGGGGAGCAGUAUGGUAUCCAUUCAGACGUCUGGAGCGUGGGCAUCUCCUUCAUGGAGUUGGCACUGGGCGCUUUCCCCUAUCCACAGAUUCAGAAGAACCAAGGAUCUUUAAUGCCUCUCCAGUUACUGCAAUGCAUCGUUGAUGAGGAGCCUCCUGUUCUUCCUCUGGGUCAGUUCAGCCAGAAGUUUGUCCACUUCAUCACACAGUGCAUGAAGAGACUCCCCAAAGAGAGGCCUGCUCCUACCAACCUUAUGGACCAUGCCUUCAUCUUGCUCUACGACGAUGGCAAUGCGGAGGUGGUGUCCAUGUGGGUGUGUCGCUGCCUAGAGGAGAGGAGAACCCAGGCUCAGGGACAGAUGUGACCCCGUAAACACAGGAGAUCACAGAGAAGUUAAGCGGUCAAGGGUAUCAUGUAGGGCCAGGAUGAUACCCGUAUCUCUAUACUCGUUAAUAUCGUGGCAAAGAAACAAAACACCAAGCGCUUUUAACUUCGUUAGGAAAACAGUCCUGAUGUUGGAAACAAAACAUCAUUAUGAUGUCAUCCAGAGUCACAUGUAUUUAUUUUCUAUCUAUAGCUCACAAUAUUUUACAUACAGCAGGUGUUUAAAGGACUGAAAGAGUUUGGUCUGCUCUGUGUUUUCAUUUUUGCCAUAGAAACAAUAUUGCGAUACUGGUAUGGUCCCGGCCCUAAUAUCAUGCCCCAAUCUCUCUGGACUUUGACCAUUCGUGAACCCCAGGAGUGGACAGUAAAUAUCAAAGACACGGUUUGUAAACCGUAUUGAAGACGUCCAUGGUGUAAAGAGGGCGUCUGUACGUCCAACGUCAGUAAGCCAAGAGGAUACUGGAUCUUUACAACUGAACGUUCGUUGCAAGUGGAACUUUGUUAUCUGGGCCCUUGGCGUGUUGACUGAUGUCUUGAUGGUGUAUCCUGGCGACUCUCACACUCCAAACCUGGCUGUGUGUUGACGCUGCUUUAUCAAUGAAUUUACAAGUGAGUGGGACUUAUUCCGUGACUGUUUGCCUACUUAGUUAUUUCUAACUCAGAGAGACUUUAGACAGAAUGUCAGAGUAAGUGAUCAACGAUGAGAUGGGGCUUGAAACCCCAAAUGGCUUUACAAUAACAAAGAAGUGCUAUUUUCCAGGAUGAGGCUCAGAUAACCUGUUACGCUUUAUUGUUGGCAGCUUUCUAGUGGAGGUGGAGGUGUGGCGGUGCGUACGGCAGUAACCCCUGUGUGUACGGCAGUAACCCCUGUGUGUGUACGGCAGUAACCCCUGUGUGUACGGCAGUAACCCCUGUGUGUGUACGGCAGUAACCCCUGUGUGUGUACGGCAGUAACCCCUGUGUGUGUACGGCAGUAACCCCUGUGUGUGUACGGCAGUAACCCCUGUGUGUGUACGGCAGUAACCCCUGUGUGUGUCGGCAGUAACCCCUGUGUAUGUACGGCAGUAACCCCUGUGUGUGUCGGUAUGUACGGCAGUAACCCCUGUGUGUGUACGGCAGUAACCCCUGUGUGUGUACGGCAGUAACCCAUGUGUAUGUACGGCAGUAACCCAUGUGUAUGUACGGCAGUAACCCAUGUGUAUGUACGGCAGUAACCCCUGUGUAUGUACGGCAGUAACCCAUGUGUAUGUACGGCAGUAACCCAUGUGUAUGUACGGCAGUAACCCCUGUGUGUACGGCAGUAACCCCUGUGUGUGUACGGCAGUAACCCCUGUGUGUACGGCAGUAACCCCUGUGUGUACGGCAGUAACCCCUGUGUGUGUACGGCAGUAACCCCUGUGUGUACGGCAGUAACCCCUGUGUGUACGGCAGUAACCCCUGUGUGUGUACGGCAGUAACCCCUGUGUGUGUACGGCAGUAACCCAUGUGUGUGUACGGCAGUAACCCCUGUGUGUGUACGGCAGUAACCCCUGUGUGUGUACGGCAGUAACCCAUGUGUGUGUACGGCAGUAACCCCUGUGUGUGUACGGCAGUAACCCCUGUGUGUACGGCAGUAACCCAUGUGUGUGUACGGGCAGUAACCCAUGUGUGCGUACGGCAGUAACCCAUGUGUGCGUACGGCAGUAACCCAUGUGUGCGUACGGCAGUAACCCCUGUGUGUGUACGGCAGUAACCCAUGUGUGCGUACGGCAGUAACCCAUGUGUGUGUACGGCAGUAACCCAUGUGUGUGUCGGUAUGUACGGCAGUAACCCCUGUGUAUGUACGGCAGUAACCCCUGUGUGUGUACGGCAGUAACCCCUGUGUGUGUGCCGGUAUGUACAGCAGUAACCCGUGUGUGUGCCUAAUGUUUUUACAAUGACGUUUCUGUGACAUUACUUUACCUCAUCGAGAUACACUAUAUAUAUAUAUAUAUAUAUAUAUACGAAAGUAUGUGGACACCACUUUAAAUUAGUGGAAUUGGC